AUGGGCGAAUUAUCCGAUCCACCAAUUUUGAAUUAUUUGUCAAAACGGUCAACAGAGCAAUUGCAUCGACUUUAUGCUUCACCUGGUUCAACUUUAUGCAUAUUUCGUCUUUUGCCUAGUCUGUGCCAGCAAUUUUUUCUCAAAGCGAUAUGGUUUAGUGAAAUAUCAGAAAGUUCUUGGGUAUCUGAAGAGUACCAAUCAGCUGUUGCAGCUCAUUUAGAAUUGUUGCGAGCUUUAAGAAUUGUCGAAUUGUUUUCCAAAAGCAUUAUAAUUAAUCCAGUUUUUCGUCAUUCAUAUUUUACCGCCAUAUGCAAAGGUAUUGCAUUGAUAUCAGAUUUGAAAGUAUAUGCUGAUGUUGAGCAAAAAAGUCGGAAGGCUGCGAAUAAGGAUGUCGGAAAAAAAGCCAAUGAACGAUGGGAAUGUUUAUUGCAUUACUUGGCAUUGCCAUCACAAAAGAGCGAACAAGGAGUCAGUUCCAUUACGAAAGAUUUACUGAAUGCUGCUGGUCUUACUAGUAAUUCUGAUAAUGGCGAUGUGGAUAUAACUUCCAAUGGAUUCAAAUUUUUAUUACUCAAUCGCACAGAACAGAUUUGGACAUAUCUUGUUCAUUAUUUAGAACAGGAAGAGGCAGCUGGCAUUGAUGUUAUUCCUCAACUUGAUUUUCUUUUUAGGUUUUGGCUUUCUCUAUGCCUUGAUGGAAUUGAUUUUGACGAUAAAACUGACAAAAAUAGAGAAAGACAUCGAUCUAUAAAUUGCCGUCCAUUUCUUAUCGAUGAUUCUUGGCCUGAAUCUCUUACAAAUUUUAUCAUGCAUUUGCGAGAACUUGGGUUGAUUUUUAUUAGAAAAAGAAAGGACGGAUAUUUUUUAAUUACACCAUUAAUAAAUUAUUUGACAUGCGCUUCAUCACUUCAAGCUGUUCCUGAAAAACAGGCCAAUAUUGGAUUUAUUGUUGUUGAAACAAAUUAUCGCAUUUACGCUUAUACAGAUUCCACUUUGCAACUCGCAAUUUUAUCCACAUUUACCGAAAUGAUAUACAGAUUCAAUGACAUUUCAAUUGGCGUGUUGACUCGUGAAUCUGCAAGACGUGCUUUCCAGGUCGGUAUCACAGCUUCACAGAUUAUAUCUUUUUUACGUAAUAAUGCGCAUCCAGUUACUCUUUCUGCAGAGGCCUCUUCAAACGGAACAGUUCAGUGUGUCCCGGUGACUAUCGCAGAUCAACUUCGUUUAUGGGAAGAUGAGAGGCAAAGAUUGACUUAUUUCAGUGCUACUAUUUAUUCAACUUUUGAGUCCGAAAAUGAAUAUGCCGAUGUAAGAGAAUUUGCGAAAAAUGAAGGAAUAUUGCUUUGGAAUGAUGAUCUUCAACGAUUGUUGGUUGUCACUGAAGAAGGUCAUGACCGUGUAAAAACGUGGUGGAAGGCUAAAAAACCAGCAAAUAAUUAA